CUCUGUCUCUCAUUAAACUCCACGCGAGGAGCAGCAGCAGCAGAAGCAAGCGACGACGCUGCUCUCCUGGAACCGAAACUCGCAGGCGGUGCGUGCUUUACCUGGCGCAACACCUACAGCACUGGGGCUGAUUCCAGCUGGAACAGCCGCCAAGAUUGCCCCUGAUUGGUUGCCAAAGUCGCGCUCAGUCCGUCGCUCUCCGCCGCAUUCCACCUGGCUGCAGGUAUGUUGCCCCUGCCUCGCUCACCUUGUGCGUGAACAGCAUCAGCGCUGCUGCAGUACUGUGCGCUACUUCUGAUGACAUACAGCACUUUCACACCGAAGCAGAUUUGAACCUGUGAGAAAAGUUGAAGAGUUCAGAUCAAGCGCAAGGUUCGGACAGAAUCCACUCGAAGUCAAAGACAUUCAAACGCCACAUCCGGGUACCGAGCACCGUCACCCAGCUGUCUUCCUGGCUACCGCGUAUUAUCACACGCAAUGCAUGUGGAAGUAAGCGUUGCGCUCAACUUUCUGAUCUCCUACCUGUACAACAAGCUACCUCGCCGAAGGGUGGACCUUUUCGGCGAAGAGCUCGAGAAGGGACUGAAGCGAAAGUUUGAUGGUCACUGGUACCCAGACAAACCUUUCAAGGGAUCGGGCUUUCGCUGCGUGCGAUGCAACGGUGAGAACGUCGACCCCGUCAUGGUGAAGGCCGCCGAGAACUCCGGCCUUGACCUGCAGGAGGUCAAAAACUACAUCCCCGAGGAGCUAACCUUGUGGAUCGAUCCCUCGGAAGUCUCCUACCGCAUCAGUGAGAAAUCCCCCAUCAAGAUCCUGUAUUCAGACCGCCACGAAGACGAGGCCGCAGACACCAUCGAUCGUGAGGUGCAGGCCGCCAACCGCACUUUCAACCCGGAGGCCAUCUCCUUCCAGCCUAUCGACUCCCUGUCGUCAUCGCUUUCCAACCUCAGCCUAUCGCCCUCAUCGCCCGUGCCUCCAGGCACGUGGAGCAAUUCCACCUCCCCAUCAUCCUCGCUGUUCAGCUCCGACGCGCUGUCCGGCUCCGGAUCGCACCUGGCACAGGCCAUCUGCCCGCAGCCGCUGACCGCAACUUCCCCAUCCCAACCCGUACCUCCCAGCUUCCUGAGCAAAGCCUCCGUCAAUCGCCCGCAGUUCACGGCUGCCACCUUCGCUCAGACCAAGUUUGGGUCCACCAAGCUCAAGUCGCAGGCCAAGCGUCCCACGCGCCUGUCUCCCACCGAGCUUGGGAACUACUUCCGCCAGCAGCAGCGCGUGAGCCUCAGCACCGCGCCCCCUCAGCGCCCGCGCUCUCUGUCGCCUCGCGACCCUCGCCUGGAGUUCUUCCUUGAUCAGCAGCAGCGUUUGUACAACAGGGGACAGUUGUCGCCGCAGGGUCAGCAUCCCGGCUUCGGUCACUCGCACCAUCACCAGCACCAUCAUCAGCAGCUGUCCUUCCCGCCUUCCCCGCAAGGCUCGCCAAGCUGUGGCUUCCCGUUUGGCGGUGGGGAGCUGAACCACAGCUCCUCGCCCCAUCUGUCACCAGGCAGUGUCCUCCCGCCUUUCGCAGACAUACUGCCUGGCCCCAACACAGCCUUGAGCUCCCCUGCCAACUCCCUUUCGCCUGAUGGCCACAAGACCUUCUUGGAUGGCCUACCGCUGGGUGGCAUGGGAAGCAUGGCUAAUCUUGGGAGCAUGGGAUACCCCGGCCAUCUGCAGCAUCUCCUAGUAGCCAACUGAGCAUCUGGUCCUCUCGCUUACCUGCUGAUUUUUUUUUUUUUUUGGUUCGAUCCCCGUUUGGCGUUCCGGGCAGACUUUUUCAUCUGCUGAGCCAUUUGGCUUUGCAGGCUGAACUCUGCUUAAAUAACGCGAACUUUUUUUUCUUAUCUGGACUUGGUCUUCAUGGAGGUCUUUUAUAUUUGUUUGGACUUUCUGAUUAGGGAAGUCCUUGCACUGGGAGAGAAACCCCCAAAAUGGCAGAGUAUGGGGGAAAGGAUCAUCCAAGAAACCCUGCUAGCUUUUGCAGGUUAAUCCUCCUUUUUAUGUACAUAAAAUUUGCCGUUACAUUUUUUUAACCUAAAAAGGCGCUAAACGUUGGUGCCGGACAUCUCAGAUCAACUAAAGACUGUUUCUCGCACACAAGGUGCGACUGCAGACUUUCCAGUUAUUUCACGGUUGUUAUCACCUAAAUGAGUAGUAACCAUUCUCCUCUUCUUUCUCUUUCUCUGUACUCUCCUGAGUCAUAUCCCACUGAUGCUUCUAUUGUGGACGGUGAUUUAUAAGACACAGGAUACAGUCAUGCUACUUCCUUUUCAUCAGGUGUCCUUUUCUCAUCGUGUUGAGCUUUUCGAUUGCAUCUGACGGUCUUCUUGUCCUUUUUGUACACACGUAUUUUGGCCAAGAACUUUCGACUGCUCCAAGGUUUGAUUUUUUUCAGCUCUCGACGACACAGAUGUUCUGUGUAAGGCAGGUGACGGUUAGACGGUACGUGGCUUUACAGACUGAACUUUACAAACGACUUUACGGCAUAAAUUUUACUGGUUGGACGUAACUGGUUGGACGUAACUGGUCGGACUACACAGACUUCACUUUCGCUUGACUUUUUCCCUAGAAGGGAGUAUCGUGAUGGAUAUUUUGUGUCCAGAUAAGGACCGUUUGUCGUACAGAAUAGUGAUAACGCAUUGCCUCAAGGUUUUUUCAGACAUUUUGUACAUGAUAUAUGUGUGUUGUUACUGUGUCGUUUGGACACACGUGUGAUGUUCAUUUCAUUGUCUGUCCGAAGAUGUGUAUAUCGAUAAAGAGUAUAUAUUCAUAUUCUUUCUACAAAGUACAACUCGGGUAAAAAGGUGGUUAUAUAUCUUUUGUACGUCACAAAACAAAUGCUUACUUUUUGUACCGUUAUAAUUUCAUACCAUAGUACAGUACAAUAAUAGAAUUGUAAUUUUUCUUUGAAAAAAUUACUUGUACGUACAACAUACGUUGGCUUAGUGAUUGGAGUCCUCAUUGGAAAUAAUUUGUAUCGAUUGUGCAAUAACAGAGAUGACAGUUAUCGAUGUCAAAGGUCAAUGAGGUUAAUUAUCCGAUCGAAUGUUUAUACUGUUAAAUAUUUCUAAGUUUGUAAUGAAACAGCUUAUUUCAAA